AGGGAAGCCUGCAACGUGAAAGAGAAUGACCAUUCAACCGGCCAGUCGGGGCGACGGACUUUCUGUCCUAGAACCACAGCCCAGUUUGUCCAUAACCUCGCGGAGAAGGCCCCAGCGCAGGUCGACACUGCUGUGACUUACUUGAAGCCUCAAUUGGCCAUACUUUGGCACUAUGCCAAGGUUGAGCUGGUCCCUCCAACCCCUGCUGAGAUCCCUACAGCUAUUCAGAGCUUGAAAAAAAUUGUCCGUGGUGCUCAAACCGGUAGCUUCAAACAGCUCACAGUUAAGGAAGCUCUGCUGAAUGGUUUGGUGGCCACUGAGGUGUGGACGUGGUUUCAUGCCGGAGAGAUCACAGGCAUGUGUGGCAUCAUUGGCUAUGAUGUUUGAAGACCAAUCUUUCACAUGUGAUUAUAUUUGCUUUAUUAUUUCGGUAUUCUUGGACCAUGU